AUAGUUCUUCAUUCCGGAAGUAGAGCGAGGUUGACAGGCCCACAUGUUUACUUCCUUUAACGUCUCUUUCCUUUCAGAACUUUCUAGAGCUUAAGAGAGAAAGUACGAAGAGUGGACACAUGGCAACCAGCGGGAGUUUCUCUGACGGUUUCAUAGACACGGAUCCACAGAGAGCUCUUGAGGAGCUAAAUGCAGCGUUGGUAGAGAAAGCUGAUAAUGCUGAAUGGCUUUGCCAGCGAGCUUAUGCCUAUAUACUAUUGAAAGAGUAUACAAAAGCUAUUGAAGAUGCUAAAAAGGCCAACCAGCUGCAUCCAGGUCUGGCACUUGCCUUUUUAAGAAUAGGAAUUGCGGAGUAUCACCUUCAUAACUUCGUUAAUGCUCAUCAGGCCCUCACAGCUGGAAAAGAGCUUGAUUGCUCUAUUGAAGGUUUUCAAACAUGGAUUCAGCACUGUGAGAAUAAAAUGGCAACACACAUUCCAAACCAAACCACAGAUUCGCAAAAGCAAACUACAACCCCGUUUUACAAACAUGACUGGUACCAGACAGAGUCUCAAGUUGUAGUGACCAUCAUGGUAAAAAAUGCCAAGAAGGAGGACGUAACAGUCACAUUUGGGGAGACGGAGGUGACAGCUGUGGUAAAGCUUCCAUCUGGAGAAGAUUACUGCCUAAUGGUCCCACUUCUGCAUCCUAUUGUCCCACAUCAGAGCACACACAGGAUCCUUUCAACAAAGAUAGAGAUUAAGAUGAAGAAGACUGCAGCUAUACAGUGGGAGAAACUGCAGGGAGAAUGCACACUUUCUAAUGUGAAGCAUCUUCCUCCGAACAAUUACCCAUCGUCCUCCCAUUACACACGGAACUGGGACAAGGUGGUAGGUGAAAUAAAGGAGGAGGAAAAGAAUGAAAAGCUGGAGGGAGACGCUGCACUCAACAAGCUGUUUCAGCAAAUCUACUCGGAUGGUUCUGAUGAAGUCAAGCGAGCAAUGAACAAGUCCUUUAUGGAAUCAGGAGGCACGGUCCUCAGCACCAACUGGAUGGAUGUCGGUAAACGGAAAGUAGACAUGAACCCUCCUGAUGAUGUAGAGUGGAAAAAAUAUUAAAAGCAGUAAAGGAUAUCUCGCACCAAUUGUUCUAAUGUCUUUAUGCUCUCCUUCAUUUAGUCCCUGCUGCUUUUUCAAUUGACACUUUUUUCUUUUUUUUGUAAGUCCCACAAUAGUUCUAGAUUGUCCUGGACUAAAAUGAGACUAUAAUGCAGUUUCAAAUGUAAAGUUCUUUGUCUAAAAUUAGUUUUAGUCUGGAAACAAACUAGCUCAUAUUUUAAACAAUCACAAAUGUAUAAAACAUUACACAUUAAAACAACUAAGCGUUCAGUAUCUUUACUAAAAAUCCUCUUUGGCCACACUGAAUACGUCUUCACCUGUGAAACAUUUGUGCUUCAGUUAAUGGUGAUCACCGUUUUAAUGUACUUCAUGCUUUCCUAAAUAUGAUUUCUUUAUGUUGUAAAUAAAAUUUUCUUGUUUUCUGA